GCCCCGCCGCGCUUGGCCCAGCCGAGCCUAGCCGAGCCCAGCCGAGCCCAGCCGAGCCGCGGCGGCCGCUGCGGGCUGAGGGGAGAAGAUGGCGGCGCCGGGCGAGUACUUCAGCGUGGGCAGCCAAGUGUCCUGCCGCACCUGCCAGGAGCAGCGCCUGCAGGGCGAAGUCGUCGCCUUCGACUACCCCAGCAAGAUGCUGGCGCUCAAGUGCCCCUCUUCCAGUGGCAAGCCCAACCACGCAGACAUCCUGCUCAUAAACCUCCAGUACGUCUCAGAAGUGGAAAUCCUCAACGACCGCACGGAAACGCCUCCGCCGCUCGCGUCCCUCAACGUCAGCAAGCUUGCCAACAAAGCACGGACGGAGAAGGAGGAGAAGCUGAGCCAGGCAUAUGCAAUCAGUGCUGGUGUCUCUCUGGAGGGGCAGCAGCUCUUCCAGACCAUACACAAGACCAUUAAAGACUGUAAAUGGCAGGAGAAGAACAUCGUUGUGAUGGAAGAAGUCGUCAUUGCCCCUCCCUACCAGGUGGAAAACUGCAAAGGCAAAGAGGGCAGCGCCCUGAGUCACGUCCGCAAAAUCGUGGAGAAGCAUUUUCGGGACGUGGAGAGCCAGAAGGUGCUGCAGCAGCGCUCACAAGCACAGCAGACACAGAAGGAGACCUCUUCCCUCUCGUCCUGAGGCCGCCGCCCCCCGCGCCGGGGACCCCACCGCCCCCUCCCCCUGAACAAGCAACCUCU